UUCUGUCGGACGAUUUCUCCCCCUGCCCUGUAUCAGGGACUUGUGAAUGACAGCCAAUCGGAGGCUGUGCCCUUUCCUUCAGCCUCCCUGACAUACACACAGAGAAGUGAUGCUGCCUUCGCGAAAAAGCUAAACGCAGUUGAGGUACAGCCUUGAAGCUCUUUUGGAACUGCUGCAGUGAACGAAAGGAUACACUUCGCUCUCAUCUCACCAACUACCCCUUCGCUAUCGUAUGAUUUCUUUAACUGAAUAAGAACUCCGGUGGCAGAUACUGGCUGGACCUGGGCCCCAAUGACAGACUGACAGCCCGUGCUGCUACUGCGGACCUACACCCAGACCUGGAGGAGUGACCCAAUGACGAAACUUCUAACUAAAGUCCACUGACCACUUCACACUAACACCCAGAGGGAGUAGAACAUCUAGCUGAGUGAAGCUGUAUUUGGAGCUAUUGGCCUGGCCAUGUUGAGAGGAAGAACUGUACUUCUCCUGCUGGUCCUCUGGGCAUACCUGUGUUCCCAUGGGGACGGACUGCGAGCCCUGAGGAGGACUACAGGGGGGAGGCGGGGUGGCGCAGGAGUGGGGUUGACGCUGAUGGGACAGGACGCUAAUGGAGUGCCUCUGAGACGCUCCAAACGAGGAUGGAUGUGGAACCAGUUCUUCCUACUGGAGGAGUACACAGGGAUGGAUCACCAGUAUGUUGGCAAGCUCCACUCAGACGGGGACCGGGGUGACGGUAGCAUACGAUACGUCCUGACAGGUGAUGGAGCCGGUAGUCUGUUCAUCAUCGAUGAGAACUCUGGGGAUAUCCAUGCCACUAAGAGAUUGGACCGGGAGGAGAAGGCCUACUACACGCUCCGGGCCAAGGCCGUCAACAGAAUCACUAACACCUCUCUAGAGGGAGAGUCAGAGUUUAUCAUCAAGAUUCAUGACAUUAACGACAAUGAGCCCAAGUUUACCAAGGACCCUUACUUCACAGAGGUACCUGAGAUGUCCCCACUGGGCACGGUGGUGAUGCAGGUGACCGCUACAGACGCUGAUGACCCUACAUAUGGUAACAGUGCCAGGGUGGUCUACAGCAUCCUGCAAGGACAGCCAUACUUCUCUGUAGAGCCCAACACAGGUGUGAUCAAGACAGCCCUGCCUAACAUGGACAGGGAGACCAAGGAGAACUAUGUGGUUGUGAUCCAGGCUAAAGACAUGGCUGGACAGAUGGGUGGGUUAUCAGGGACCACCACAGUCAGCAUUACCCUCUCUGAUGUCAAUGAUAACCCACCACGCUUCCCAAAGAGUCUGUAUGAGUUCAAAGCUCCCGAGUCGACAGAACCGGGCUCGACAGUGGCCGUGCUGCGUGCUAUGGACGCUGACAUCGGCAGGAACGCUGAGAUGAACUACCGAAUCACCAGCAGCGACGGCCCCUCCAUGUUCGACAUCUCAACCAAUAGGAGCACACAGGAUGGUGUCAUCACCCUCAGGAAGUCUCUGGACUUUGAGAGGAAGCGGUCCUACACUCUAAGGAUCCAGGUGGAGAACUCCAACCCUGACCCUCGGUUCCUGCGCUAUGCAGCAACCACGGACGGGGCGACGGUCAAACUGAUCGUGGAGGAUGUGGACGAGCCGCCCGUGUUCGACCGGGUCGGCUAUGUCAUGGAGGUCAAAGAAGACGUGGCAGUAGGCACAAUCAUCGGAUCAGUCAGCGCCACAGAUCCAGACAGCAGCCGCAGUCCCGUCAGGUACUCUAUUGACCGGCGUACAGACAUGGACAGGGUGCUCAAUGUGCACCCAGGUAACGGCUCAGUGUUCAUGCUGAGGACUCUGGACAGAGAGGACAUCGCCUGGCACAAUGUCUCUGUUAUUGCCACUGAGUUCAACAACCCACGGCUGAUGAGUCGUGUACCAGUCUAUGUUAGAGUACUGGAUGUUAAUGACAACGCUCCUACAUUCGCCACUUACUACGAGACAUUUGUCUGUGAAAACGCCAAGGCUAACCAGAGGAUUCAGACAGUAAGUGCUGCAGACGCUGACGAGCCUAUUGGUGGACACAGGUUCUUCUUUAGUCUAGCGCACGAGGCUUCUGUGAAAGCCAACUUCACCGUCAGAGACAAUAAAGACAACACGGCAGGUAUCCUAACCAGACGAAACAGCUACAGCCGGCUACAGAGGAGUAACUAUCUGGUCCCCGUGGUGAUCUCGGACAGCGACUUCCCCAUGCAGAGCAGCACCAACACCCUGACGGUGCACGUUUGCACCUGCGACCGCGAGGGGAACAUGCAGCUGUGUAACCAGGAAGCUCUGGUCCUCACCGCAGGCCUCAGCACUGGAGCCCUCAUGGCCAUCAUCUUCUGUGUCCUCAUACUGCUCAUGAUCGUGGUGCUGUUCGCUGCCCUGAGGAGGCAGCAGAGGAAGAAGGAGCCUCUGAUCAUCUCCAAAGAGGAUGUGAGAGACAACGUUGUCAGCUACAACGAUGAAGGGGGCGGAGAGGAGGACACCCAGGCCUUUGAUAUCGGCACGCUGCGCAACCCAGAGGCCACAGAGGAGAGCAAACAGCGCAGGGACAUUAAGCCCGAGACCCUGCACCCUCCCAUCCGUCGGACUGUGAUCCUUCCCCCGGCCCACAGGGACAACGCGGACGUCAGGAACUUCAUAAACCAAAGGCUUCAGGAAAACGACCAGGACCCCACCGCACCGCCCUACGACUCCCUGGCCACCUACGCCUACGAAGGGAGCGGCUCGGUUGCUGAGUCCCUUAGCUCCCUGGGCUCCAUGACCAUAGAGGGAGACCAGGACUAUAACUACCUGAGCGAGUGGGGACCCAGGUUUAAGAAACUGGCAGACUUGUACGGGGGAGAGGACAGUGACAGCUGCAGGGAUUCCUAAUGAGAGAGAAGGAGCUCGUAAGAGGGGAGCUAAAGGUAAACAUACAACAAACAAACACUCGGAACAAUAGCUAAAGUGAACUUAACUCCUGGUACUUUGUAAAAGUGGCAAACAAUAGAACAAAACAAAGAGGACACAAACAGACACGAGGCAGUGUUUUACCGUCGUUGAUCACCGUUGAUGUUUGACCUCUCUGGAGGACUAGGAGGAAGAAGAUAAGCUAUCCUGUCAGUAUUUAGUGGUCUUUCUCUUUCUCUGCUAGGCAGCAGGGGACUCCUGAGGAAAAGAGUUGUUGUACUUUACUCUGUACACCAGGCCCACAUACACAGUAUCUCUAUAUACAAACAAACUUCUACUCUUUUCUUUUUCAAAAGCUUCCUGCAAAGGAGGGAGUAACAGCAAGCGGUUUUGUGGUGGACUUGAUAGACAGACAACGCCUAUUCAUUUUUCAGUGUUUCUGGGACAAAAAAAAAAAGCUGCAUUUUGUGAGUUCUAUCGUAGCUUAUGUGUGUGCGUAUCUGUAAAUCGAUACAAUACAUUGUACAGUUAUGUUUUGUUUUCAGGCUUCUAGCUUCCCAUACACCCUCUUAUAGCAAUGACUCUGUAUGUCACAAUGCUCUUUUGAGAUCACACAAGCCUUGCUGAGAGGCUGAAUGUUAUCUCUAUGGGUACACUCAAACUGUCCGCCAGUCACCCACUAUAGCAUAAUUGACUUGAAUGGGGACAACCGCUCUACUCAUUGUAUUUCUAUGGGGGGGGACGUCAGAAAACACACCUUUCUGACUGUCAAUACCUGAUCCACAUCUUCUUAUAGUUUUGCAUAUAUUCUGUCUCACAAAUGGCAUACCAUUUCAUAGUGCAUUACAUUUGUACUAAGGUACAUACGUCUCUGGUCAACAGUAGUGCACUAUCUAGGGAAUGGGGUGCCAUUUGUGACAAACACAUACAGUCAUGACCGAAAUUAUUGGCACCCUUGAUGAAGAUGAGAAAAAAGACUGAGCUGUAUGCUAAUCUAUGCUAAUUUGUAUUAUUAUACUAAUACAAUUGCUCAAAGAAAGAGAUUUUGUUUAACAAGUAAUACAUUGUUUUUUUCCCCCAAAAAUAGUGGUCAAAACUAUUGCUCAGUACUCUGGUACCCGCCACUUGUGAGGAUAACAGCACUUAGCCUUUUGCUAAAAUGUUUUAUGAGAUUGUAGUACACAUUGGGAGGGAUCUUAGACCAUUCCUCCGUACUGAAUCUUUACAUACAGAUUUGUUUGUAAUUAUUGUUAUAAAAAAUUGUUCUAUGAGGAACUGUAUUAGUUUAAAAUAAUAUAAUUGUCAAACUAAUUUAUCGUACAAUAUAGCUCAGUAUUGUUUACUCAUAUUUAUCAAAUGAAGGUAAAAAAUGUAAAAAAUCAAGGAUGCCAAUCAUUUUGAUCAUAAACUAUAUUCUGUGUGGGGGUACCUGAAACACCUGGACCAUGUAUCUGAAGAACUAAUGUCAAUAAUGCUUCACUUUUAAGGUACCCUCUUUAAAAAGUGUUACUGUAAUACCUGUCAUAACAUCCUUGUUGACCGGCUGAAGAAGUAGGUGAGAAACUCUGGCGUUGACCUCGACUGAUUCAGGUCAUAUUUAUGUGGCAGACGUUUCCCGUGAGCAUGGGUGGUUCAGUAAUGUCCCCAGCAGCUGUUCACUAUUGUGUCCCUCAGGGGUCAAAUCUGGGCCACAUCCUUUUUUUACCUGUCCCCUUGGUGACAGCAUCCACAAUAAUAACAAUUCAGUGUCACUGCUAGGCGGAUGACAUAGCUUUAUUUAACAAUCAGACCCAGUGACCAAGCUAGCAUAGCUACCCUUCACAAGUGUCUUGCUGACAUAAAAUGUUAGAUGACUGAACAUUUUCUCCAGCUCAAUGAUACAAAAAUCAGAGGAUGUUUUAUUUGGCCCCCCAUCCAGAUUGUAAAUAACCUUGGUCAUUAGUCCACCAAUGUAAAGCCUACGGCCAGUAACCUUGUCCUCUUUGACCUUGACCUCGAGCAUGUAAAAACGGUAGUCCAGUCCUGCUUUUAUCACCUAAGAAAUUUAGCUAAAAGCAGUCUUAUUUCAGUCACUGAUCUGGAGAAAGUUAUUUGCGCUUUUUAUUCCUCAUGCCUAGAUUACUGUUACUCUUUUGUGUGCAUGUCUCAGUCAGAAAUCACUCCAUUUGUCUACAGUUAGUUCAAAGUGCUGCAGCUCUUCUUUUAAACAGGAACCAGGACAUGUUAUCACAUCACACCUAUUUUAGCUUCUCUACAAAGGCUACCAGUCACUUUUGGAGUAUAUUUCUUAUUUGUAUUAAUCACAUGUAAGGUUAGACUUGGUUUAGCCCCAUUCCAUAUCGCAUAUUACAUUUAUCAGACAUUUCAAACGAAUAACACAACUGACGUAAUUGCCACGAUGACGAUUAUAUUUUUCUCUCUGUCUGCAGCAUUUAUGAUUCACACAAAUCGGACUUGAUCUUUCAUCUCCCUACGAGCCAGGAUGCAGCCUGAGAUCCUCUGGCAGGGGCACCGCUGACCAUUCCAAAGUCUCGGUUGAAAACGAAAGAAGAGCAGGUAUUUGCCAUUAGGGCUCCUGGACUUUGGAAUGGUCCGCCAGAGGAUACCAGGCCUGCCGAUUCAGUGCCUCUUUUUAAAUCCCUGCUGAAGACACACUUUUAUAAAGGUACAUUGAAAUCAUACAUUAAAAGGUCAUUUCAUUUUGCUAUCAUUUGUCAUUUUCCUUCCUGUCUCUGUCAGUACUUUUUAUUUGAUUGUUUUAUGAAGUGAGGCACUUUUUACUUGUGUUAAAACGCGCUAUACAAAUAAAGUAGUUAUUAUUAUUAUGUAUUCCUAUUGGAAGACUGUCUAUAGACAUGAAAGCAUAGAGGGUUACAGUAGCAGUGUGUUGCUUAGUAUAAACGAAACAUGCAGUUCCCAUUAAACAUUAAUUCCUUACUUAGUGUCUUACUCUGUAUGCUGUUCUGUAUUUUGAAACAGUUUCCUUUUCUUUCAAAUGUAAGUCAUUGAUUGAUGGUUGACUAUAUAUUUGUGAAGUGCACACUGACAAAAAGGGCAUUCGCAGGCUUGACAUAUUGGGACGAUGUGGGGGAAAACGCUGCCUAUUAUUAAGGGAAAUGUGAUAUUUCAGUUGUGAGGAAGAGGGUCGACAUUGCCUUGGGAUUGUCCUUGACAUAAGAGGUAAAGGUCAAUACAAUAUUAGGAGCGUGAAAUGGUCUGACACUUACGUAUGAAAUGGUCAUGAAAUGGUUUGCCGUCAUAAAAUGGUUUGACAUACAUGUAGUAAGAAAAUAUAGCAAUUCAAAUGAAGCAAAGCACCCCCAAAUUGUCCAAGGCCACAAAAGACACAUUAAACAGCAGUAGCAUUGCGAUAUUGCCCCCAAGCAUUAUUUCUCUAUGAUUUAUGAACAAACAGCUUUGAUAUCGUUUAGCUGAUAAGAGGAAUGUAUGAGGGAGCACUCAGAGGGCAGCGGUACAUCAAGAGAAAAAAAGUACAGCGAUGCAUCCUAAAAGGCCCUUUAUUCCCGAUAGUCCACUAAUUUUGCCCAGGGCCCUGUUCAAAACUAGUGUGCAAUAUAGGGAGUAGGCUGCCAUUUGGGAUUUAGCCUAGCUAAAACAAGCAGUGGCAACUCUCUACUAAAGGCCAACCUGAGGACGGAUUACAUUUAUCAGACAUUUCAAACGAAUAACACAACUGACGUAAUUGCCACGAUGACGAUUAUAUUUUUCUCUCUGUCUGCAGCAUUUAUGAUUCACACAAAUCGGACUUGAUACUUUAUUUUUCAAAAAUAUUUUCCAAGUGCCCAUGGAUGUAAAAAAAUAGUAUAAUUUGAUGAAAAUGGUGUGGUAGCUUAGACAGUACUCUAAGACAAGAACACACUUGUUAAAAAUGUAUACUACUAUAAUAUGCUCAAUAUUAUAAUGAGAAACUGUGUAAAAAAAAAAAUGUUUUUAAAAGACCAUUGAGCACCCACUGUGUAAGUGACUGUUUGAGAUUGUGGCAAAUGUGGCUUUGAUAAGCAGCAUUUAUUUGGGUUCCUAAACCCUUCACACUGAAAAUCAACUGUUAUUCUUCUACUGCCCUGAGGGUUUGACAUCUAGUUUAUGUCAGAAGGAGAAAUGACAACAGAAGACUGCAUUAUUGUUUUCCUUCUUUAAAGGGGCAAUCUCGGAUUGGUACAUCCAUUGUCUCUCUUUAAUACAGGGUGUCAACAGCAUAAUUUCACUAUAAAUACAUGUUUGUGCAUUAACACCAUGCUCAGCUAAGGACACAAGAGUUAGCUGCCAGAUAUGGCUAGCCUACAGUAAAUUCUGGUCCAGGGAGUUAGUGCGGCCUGCUAACACCGAUGCUUCCAUUCACACCCUGGACCAGAGCUAGCCUACAGUAUGCAGUACUGAUGUCCUCCUCAACUGUAGACAGUUGGCUAGCCUUAAGGUUGCCUCUAUAUUAUGUUGCUGACUAUGUUAUUGAGCAGUCUAUUGCUAUGUCCCAAUUCUCCACCCUUCUCCUAAAUGGUGCACUUACACACUACCUGUCAUGGAUUUGCAAGAAUAGGAAUGUUAAAUCCAUGCGAGAAGGUAGCAUCCUGUCUAGGGGCUGUACUUGUACACCAACCUGCCUCACGCUACAGAAAAAGGGGCUAGGCUCCUGCCCCAUUGGCCGUUUUGGCUCAGAUAAGGCUUACUUACUGUGCGAGAAAGUAUGCAAGUGCACACUUCAGGGGACGGAUGGAGAAUAGGGAUGCAGACAUUUUUUUCUAUGUUGAUUAAUACUAUGAGAGGUUAUAGUAUGUGAAGUUGUUAAAAGGGGCCCGGUCAUGACACGAUGCCCAUUAAUUCAUCUAUCUGCUUUGUACAACAUGAUUUUCUACUGCAUAUUUACAUGAUCCAACAAUUAAAUUUCUUCAAAAUCA